AUGUCUAGUAUACAGAAAGCCGGUGGGACCCUAGUACAAUUUGUGUUUAGGACAAGCGAAAAACAUGAGAGCAAAGAAUUUCAAAUCACGUUCUACAAAUUCCAAAAAUUAACUUUCCUGGUGACGUCGAUAAAACCUAAAUAUCAUUUGGAUCAAAUACUCGGACAGUUAUAUACGGGUGUAGUCCUUAGAAAUUACACUCCUUGUCUUGUUAUUGAAUUCGUCUCCGAAUACCACGAGCAUGACUUUCGAGAUUGGGUUGAAAGCUGUUUAAACUGGACGGAACACUGUGUUAGGGACCUAGAAUUACUGUAUGUAAAAGGAGCAGAUAGUGAAAUAAAUCACAUUGAGAACGCAGCAGUGGUAUCCAAACUGAUAGGAGAAAACUCCGUACGGGUAUUCAGGAUGAAAGAUAGUGAUGGUGUUUUUCUUCUAGGUAGUGUGGAUUGUAUGGUUUAUUUGAUACUAGAACUACAAAAGAACUUUCAAAACAUCAGUUUUUGGGACCCGGAAACCGGAGUGGAGGUUAAACAAUAUGUUAUUCCUAUAAAUACAAUGUAUGAUCGUUUAAACGCGAUAUUCAAAUGUACUGAGCAGUUGGUGACGUCAUUUCCGUAUUCAAAAUUACGGUGCAUGGGAAGUGAAACCGGGCAUGCAAUUGUGAUGCUGGGAAGCCAUAGCGACAUCAGAUCAGGGAUUGACUUCUUCAACAGUUUAGCCUGGUUGGGAGGAGCUCCGUUGAGAUAUUGCCCAUGGUUUGAAGGCUUCGAAUUCUUUUUGGCCAGAGAACACGUUCAGUCGUUUAUUGAUGGUAUGAUCACCACACAAGACGGUACCUGGGUAAUUGACAGUCAGUCAAAACUUGUGAUAUUUGGGAAAACGGAAGAAGAUGUCAACGCCGUACUAAAUACUUUAAGUAGAUCUAUUAGAAGGGUAGACUUUUGUAUUGCAGACACACAGGAUAUGGCGAAAAAUGCGAACGAAUUGGCAAUAGAGGCUUGGAAACUUGAAAACAAAUAUAAUGGAAAAUGUCAUUUGUGUAUAAGUUCUGGUUUCCUAAUGGCAACUAUUUUAUUUACCACUGAUCUUGAAAGUGAACAACAAUUGAAAAUGCUCAUUCAAAAUUUUGAAAUACAAUCAGUCAAAAAACUGUGUUUGCCAAGAAGUGAGAAACAACUGAUGUGGAUUCAGAUGUUUUAUUCGGUUGACCUCACAGCACAAGCUCAGAGACUUGGUGUUAAUUUAAACAUUUUAAAAGACAAUCAUGUCAUUGAACUAGAGGGGAAAUAUACAGCCGUAGGAGAUAUGGCGGGGUUUAUAGACUCAAUUUGUAUAGAGGAACGACACAUACUGCUGCCACUUGAAGUCCUGCCUGUGCAACCGGCGGAUUUCUUUAGUGGAUAUCGCUGUUGCUUUGAAUACGCCAAGCCCGAGAAGUCUAAAUUUUGGAUAAAGGGGAAGAUAGGAAUUGUUGCUAGCUGUUGUCAGUCGGGGUUCGAGCACAUGUAUUCCCACCUCAAAGCAAAGCUGGUGCAAGGGGAACGCAGAGAUCAAGAAAUCAAGUGGGUUGGUGAGAGCAGUGUUUUGGUAAAUUAUCCAAUCUUGGACGCUGGAGACAAAGGAAAUGUCCCUCUUCCAGACGGGGGCUUAAAGUCAUUAUUUCAGGCUGUUAAAGACAGGAAGAAAAUGUCGGUAGCUAUCGACAUACAAGACUUGUUACCUGAACAGGUGCAUACUUUCACGAAGAGUAUCCAGAACCAGAUUCCGGGAUUACCGGACGGUCUGAUUAUCGUGUUGCAUCUCCUUGAUGGAGCCAUGUUUCAGGUCGCUACCGAGUGUUUGCAAAAUCACAAGACCAGUCUUACAGACGGAAAGGCGAAUGGCCUCCAAAGAAAAACAAUUGAUCUACAAGUUAUCACAGGAAAAAUAGCUGAACUCCCCAACGAGGUUGAUGUUAUUGUAAAUACAACAUCUCCAGAUCUGGAUAUAACCAAAGGGGCAGUUUGUAAAUCCAUUUUAGAGGCCGCUGGAGAUAGUCUCAAAGCUGAGUUAGAUAAACUUCCUGUUAUUAAUACCAAUGGUGGUAAAGUUAUGAGGGUCAAGUACGGAGAAAUUAAGGAGACCACGGGAUAUCGUUUAAAGUGUACAAGUAUUUUCCAUGGUUCUCUUUAUAAAUGGGACGGGGAAGGAAAGGCAGCCUUUGAUGUUCUCAGAAGAUUUGUGGAAAAUUGCCUCUCUUUGGCAGACGACAGGAAGUUUAAAACGUUGGCUUUUCCCGCCAUUGGAACGGGGCGAUUACAGAUUCCUCCGGAUGUCGUAGCGACGUGUGUGCAGGAGGUGGUCGAGGAAUAUUCCUUGUCUCACCCUCAGACCUCUGUAGAGCAGCUCAUUUUCGUGAUUCAUGAGGCAGAUACCAAAAAUUUUAAGGUUUUUAAGACUAUUUUGGAAAAGAGAACAGAAGUUGUAAACACGGUGUCUCCAAUGUUGUACAAGUUGACUGUAUUUGGAGAGGUACGCAACAUCGACGCUUCGAUGACGUCACUUACGGAGUUGUUUCAAAAACAUAUCAUCACCAUUUCCAAGACAACCCAAGCUGUUAAUGAAACGCGAGAUGCUACAAAAACUACAUAUCAAAAAGAAAAUACGAAAACAGAAAUUAAUCCAGAUAAACCAACGAAAGCCAGAGUUAAGGAAAAUUCAUCAGAAAACACAUCCAAAGUUUCGACCCCAUAUGUGCUUUCAGGAAAAGAGAACCAGUCAGUUCCGGAUAACAACGACGAAAAAUGUCUUCUGCUGCAGAGUAAAAACAACAUAGCCUUAUAUGAAAAGACGCUUGGUCCGUUUCUAAAGGACGUUGAAUGCGAGAGCGUUGUUUGUCCAUUCUUAAACAAAUGCCAAGCUUUGGUGAUAUUCAAAACCAUCAAAGAUGCCGACAAAUUCUUGGGUAACGAACAUUUUGUUGCACAAAAACUUCCAAAACAGGAGGUGAAAGACACGAAAGCGAAGCUGGGUCCCAAAGUAAUCAGUGUAUUAGAGACACGGAAAAUGUCCAGUCAGGAGUUUUACCGGAGGACAGGGGGAACUCUUUGUAUCCAGACGUGGACAGUCACGGGCAAUCUGCUGGUGUUACAGCACGUGCAGAAGUUCUUGAAAGAUCUCGUGGAGGAAUUCGAGAGACCGGAAAUCUCCAAGACCUGGACGCCGAAUGCAGAAAACUUCUUAACGGGGGUGUUUUAUAUAUAA